AUGCCCUCUACCUACAACGGAGUUGAGAACAACACCCAUCCAUCAUGGUGGAAGGACCCUGGCCUCCGCUGGAACGUCCUCUGGGUCAUGACCACCGCGAUGGGCCAAGUCGUGGGCGGCUACGAUGGCUCGCUCAUGAACGCCCUUCAGGCCGUUCCAAAGCUGUUUGAGGCAUUCCCUCGCCUGGAGGAUUCCAACAUCCUCGGUGUCACCAGUGCUCUUCUCUUCCUUCCCGGUCUUGUCGUCCCGUUCCUCGCUGCCUGGCUCGCGGACACUGUUGGACGCAAGAUUCCCAUUCUCGUUGGCAUGAGUGGUGUUGUCGCUGGCGGCAUUAUCCAGGCGACUGCGCAGAACCUCGGCCAGUUCAUGGCGGGCAGGUUCGUAAUGGGAACCUUCAGCUGCAUCGGCGCCGUCGGUGGUCUUUCGCUGUGUGCAGAGUUGUCCCACCCCCGUUUCCGUUCCCAGGCCACAUCCAUGCAGAUCUCCGUCUACUACGUCGGCUCGAUCUUGUCGUCGUGGGUGACCUACGGCUGUCUCCAGCACCUUCCCGACUCGCACUGGUCGUGGCGCGCGCCUGUCCUGAUCCAGUGUGCAUUCCCCGCCAUCAUGCUUGGGUUCCUCAUCUUCAUCCCUGAGUCCCCCCGUUGGCUCAUCGCCAAGGGACGGACUGAAGAAGCACGCAAAAUCUUUGCGAAGCAGCACGCCAACGGUGACGAAAACGACCCACUUGUCAACCUCGAGGUGGAGGAGGUGCACAUCGCUCUUGACGCCGAGCGUUCAAACAAGACUGGAUGGUCCGCUCUGUGGGCGACCAAGGGAAACCGCAAGAGGAUGUUCAUUGUCAUCACCACCGCUGCCGGUGCCCAGCUCAACGGUGUCGGUAUUAUCAGCUACUACUUUGUGCCCGUCCUCAAGUCUGUCGGUAUCACCUCGUACCUUUCGCAGAGUCUGAUCUCCGGUGGCAUGAGCAUCUCCAACCUCUUCUUUGCCGUUGCGGCGGCGCUCCUUGUUGAACGCCUCGGCCGUCGUACCCUCUGGCUUGCGUCAACUGGUAUGAUGCUUAUCACUCUCGUCAUCGUCACUGUUCUCUCGGCCGAGUUCCAGAAGGGCGAGUCACCGGCAAUCGGCGGUGCGACCAUCGCCUUCCUGUACCUCUUCUACGCCGGAUACGACCUUGCAUGGUCUCCCCUCAACUCGGCGUACACUGUCGAAAUCCUUCCGUACACUAUCCGCGCCAAGGGCCUGGCCGUGUGGAACAGUGUCACGUACGUGACCCUCUGCAUCAACACCUGGGUGAACCCCGUCGCGCUUUCGGCUAUUGGAUACUACUACUACAUCGUGUACAUUGGUAUUCUCACCUACCUCUGUCUCAUCAUCUACUUCGUCUACCCCGAGACCCGAGGACGCACGCUUGAGGAGGUCGCUGAGGUGUUCGACAAGGACUCGCCUUUGACCUCGCACCACCACGAGGACAUUGAGGGGCUUGGUAACAAGGGCGGUGACGUCGAGAUGUACGAGGGCAAGGAGAAUUAA